AUGCCCCGUGUCGUAGCCGCUCCUGCCUGCUGCACUGAUGGCAGCCCCUUUCUACGUCUCAUUGUUGUGCUGCUGCUCUUGGCGUCGUCAGUCUGCGUCUACUACGUCAGCGCCGUGAGAGAGGGCCAUGCUACAGAAGUACGUAUCGUGAAAGUUUACCCGCACAACGUCAGUGCGUUCACGGAAGGGCUCGUGUUCGACAACGGUGCGCUCAUCGAGUCCACGGGGCUCAAUGGCGAGUCGUUUGUCCGCAAGUAUCGACUGUCGGAUCUCACUGCUGAUCGGUUCGAGGCGGGGGCCACACAGGGUCUGCCAUUGUUGCAGGAGUUCCGCUUUGACAACGCCAUUUUUGGCGAAGGCGUGGCUGUCCUAGGGGAAAAGCUGUUUGCGCUGACGUACAAGAAGGAGAAGGUGCUGGUGCUAUCGCGCGAUACGUUCGAGCUGCUCGGUCAGUUCCCUAUCAAGACAUCCACAAAGGAGGGCUGGGGACUCACUACGGAUGGAGAGUUUCUCAUUGCCAGCGAUGGCUCUGCGAACGUGCGGUUCUUUGAUCCAGCAGACAACUUCAAGCUACACCACAGUAUCACGGUCCAGAAGGAUGGCAAGCCCGUGACGAAUGUGAAUGAGCUAGAGUUUGUGGAGGGGGAACUGCUUGCCAACGUGUGGCUUGAGGACUAUAUCCUGCGCAUUGAUAGUACGACGGGUGACGUGCUGGAGCAUAUCGACUUGCGCUCGAUAACCGAGAUGGUGGCUAACAUUCACAGCAAGGCCAUGAAAAACUCUCCGUAUAAGCUGGACGCCGUCAUGAAUGGAAUUGCUUAUGACCCUGAGACGAGACAUGUGUUUGUGACCGGCAAGCUUUGGGACUCCAUGUUCGAGCUCGAGCUGUCGUAUCUCAGUCGACGCUGGCAUGUACCAUUUCGAUGA